AUGGACUUAGACGUCGACAUUUCGCGGUGGGUCCUGGAGUUUCUCCUCCGUGACCGCCACAACGAGACCAUCGCCAAGCGACUCCUUGCCGUCGCGCCGCUCCCGAACCGCCACGACUGGCGGUUGAAGAAGACCAUCCUCCUCCGAACAAUCGAGUCCGCAAUCUACGACGACGCUUCAGUCAGCGAAGCGAUCCUCGAAGCCCUGGAGUCCAUCGAGGCUUUGGACCGCGGCCAAGGGUUUCACACCACGGAGGCCAUGAGGGCGGCGUACUGCGCCGUCGCGACGGAGUGCACGGUCAAGUUCUUGGUUUGCUUCGGACGGAAGUACAUUGAGGCUGUGGAUCGGAUUUGGAGAGGUAGGGUCAGGGUUUUGGAGGAGAGUGAGGGGAGCGAGCUGGUUUCGGCGGAGUUGAAAGAGAGAAAAUAUGAGGUGGAGGCUGCGAUUUGGGAUAGGAAUGUGUCGAAAAAGCUAGCGAGGAUGAAUACUAGAAAUGAUGCGCUGAGAUUGGUUGGGGAGUAUGUGGAGGAAGCUUGGGCUCUGAUUGGUCCUCCUUUUCUUAAUUGGGCCGUUAGAUUUCAUAUGGUUAAGGAAAGUUUAGGUGAGGGUGAUGGUUAUGUGGGUGAUGGGUGUGGAAAGGAGGUUGGAAUGGUGAAUGGGUCUAAACCGGAGGUGCAAAUAGAGAGUGAUACUAAGGUCGGUCAGGGUUCUGAAUUGGUAAUUUGGACUGGGGUGGAGGUGCCAUUGACAAAAGGGGCUGAUUUGGGUGAGUUGAAUGGGCAAAGGGAAAAUGGGGCUAAUGUUAGUGAUGGGUCUGGAGUAAAGGCGCGAAGGGUGAAUGGAGCUAAUGUUGGUGGUGAUAGGUCUAAAUGGGAGGCGUGGCGAGUGGAAAAUGAUACUAAUGUGGGUGAUGUGACUAAAGAAAACGAUGUGGGAAUCAGUAUGGUAAUACAACUCAGACUAUCAAUCUAG